UUCAGUACCUGUUAAGAGUCACGUGACACAGGUGACAAACACAGUCCGGAAAUGCUUUAAAAUAAAUAUCGGAAUUUCGAACGUUUUAUUUUUUAGAACACCAAAACUAAGUGCUAAAGUAUUCGAUAAGUAGCGACAUAACAAAAUGGCAUGGGACUGGCGAUCAUUGGCCGUUCUCGCGGUCAUAUUUACCUGUAAAACAGUACAUGGUCAGCUGGACCCAGAAAUAGUAGAUGAAAUCAUCCCAGAAAUCUCAAGCCAGGGAGGACAGGCUAAACUCAACUGUACAGUCGUCAACAAGCAGUCGGGGCAUACAGUACAUUGGACGUUCAUGAACUCCUAUUCUGGUGGUGAGGUCAUCAGUAAUGACCAGAGCAUCUACAUUAAAAAUCCAGAAUGCAAGGAGGCAUCGAAGAAGUAUGAAGUUAUAGUAAACAAGUUCAACCAGCGUGAAACAUACAUGCUUGUUAUCAACUGCUUGGAGCUUGUGGACUAUGGAUACUACAAGUGCUAUAUCCAGAUCCGUGGUGACAGCUCUGAAAGUUGGCCCAGCAAGAUUGGUUACCUGGUUGUGCAAGUGCCACCUACGAUCACCAGUAAGAACGUGGCAGUGAUGCAGAUGGAUGUGGGCCAGUCUGUCAAUCUGUCCUGUGAAGCCAGUGGUGUACCUAGGCCCAACAUAACCUGGGUCAGAUCAGACGGCAAUCUGCUACCUGGAGGCAUUGGGGCACUCUGGAAUAGCACUGUGCUAGAGCUGAAAAAUGUGUCGAUCAAUGACCGAGGACUUUACAAGUGUGUCGCAGACAACCAGGUGCGCCCCCCUGAUGUGUACCUUGUAGGGUUGCAAGUGUUCUUCAAGCCUGAGACUCACGCUGUACAGAAUACUGUAGGACAGGCACAGAACAGGCAGUUUGAGGCAAAGCUUGAGUGUAGAGUGUCAGGAUACCCAGAGCCAGAAGUGGUCUGGUUCAGAGAGCCAACCAAGACCAGCGGUCAGCUGCAGAUGGAGCAGCUGAACGACAACGCCAAGUACGACAUCACGAAGCAGAUCGCCACGACGACGCUGCGCUUCCAGGAGUCCUGGUACACAUUGAGAAUCAAGAACGUGGAGGCUAACGACUACACCAAGUACUACUGUGUGGCCCAGAACAGAAUUGGCAGGAACGACACCACCAUGAUUGAACUCUUUGAAACAAUGGAGUGCCAGGGAGCCAACUGUCCAACUUAUGAAGGUCAAGGAGCGUCUGCAAUAUCUGUGUCCUUCCUAGUAACAAUUGCCAUGGUUACAGUUGCUAAAAUGUUCCUUUGAAGUCAUUAAUCCAUGCAUACCUUCCUGUGUUUUCAAUGUGUGGCAUAAUUUCACCCAGCAAGAAUAGUAAUACACAAGUAAAUUAUCUUUUCUUUAGAAUUUGUAUCAAGAGAAACACUAUUUCAAGUUAAAAUAUGGUAAUUGGACAAUUUUUCAACCCUCUGUUCUUGCAUAUAGUUGAAACUUUAUCAUGAAAAUCUGUGUUAGUGUAAUAUACUCAUCAUUUAUGUACGUAAAUAUGCAACUAUCAUUUGUAUAUAAGCUUGCAUAACAGCAGGGAUAAGUGUGGACUAUUGUGUAGAAAUUGAUGGGAUUUUUCUUGAUUUAAAGAGAUCUGUUUUAUUUUGUAUUCAGAAUUAACUUCAAUAUAAUGCAACUAUUCUGGUAAUGUUAAUGUCACAUGGAAAACCCUACUUUCAGUCAGUUAAAUGGUCAGAUAAUUUUUAUAUUUUGAGCAGACUGGCCACAAAUAAAUAUUUGUGUUGAAAUAAUUUCAGAUGUACAGGUAUAAAUACUUGUUCUAUCAUAUAUUUUUUAUAGCUUUAUGGCAUUCCAUUUAUACAGUAAUGAUAGGCACUUGUAUAUGUAGUAUUACUUUGCAUUAACUGUCAAUUCAUUGUAUAUACAUCAUACAUUUUACUGACAUUUUCUAUAUACAUUUUUAAUAAAUAUAAUCAACGGUU